UCUUUCUGUCGAGUCUUUUCCUUGCACCUACGGCAUGGAAUCACGCGUGUUCUGGUUUUUUGUGAUUUAUGUGAGUUGCAUUUUACGCAAAAAUGCAUUCGGUGAAUCAACGUUCGCAAAUAGUUCCAUGUCAAUUAAUAACACUUCUCAACCAAAUGAGAACAUGCUCAAAACAGGAAAUAUAUAUAUACGAACCGCGGAAUCAAUCGAAACGAAAACGAAAUUGAAUGGAAUUACUCUAAAAACUGAAUGUUCUGAAUUUGAGAUUCCAUUAGAAACUCCGAAAAAUCUAUCACAGAUGAUGAAAAUUUUGAGUGAUUUCUUGAAAGCAAAAUGUCCUAGGUACUGCAUAAAAAAAGAACAGAUGGAAACAGAUGGCAAAAAUAAUUCUGUUAUUGAUGACAUUAAUCUUUUCUUGUUUUUCGCCACAAAUGAAAGUGAAGGGGAUGAUAAUAUCAACGUAACGAUAUUACAUAAAAGAUAUUGUUUAUUGGAUAAUAGUCCAAAUAUGAAGAUAACAAGACAUUUAUCUAUAUAUAAUAGAAAUUUAACUGUUUUAGACAAUUGUGAAAAAAAAAAAUUAGUGCACGGAAUUAAUCUGAGCGAAUAUACUAAAAUUUUCAUAGAUGUCAAUGUAGCUAAAAUUAUAAUCAAAAUUUUGGAAAAUUUUACGUAUGCAGUUUCGAGCACAAAAAUCAAUACAGAAAACAAUUUUAAUAAGACAUCAGAGAAUACACAAAGAGACAGUACAACAACGACUGAUGACGCUCAAGAGAAUAUUGGCAACAAUCAAACCAAUAUAUAUUUUGCACACACAAUUCCUUUGGUAAAUUCUAAAAUUAAUAAAAGACUAACAGGGAGAGAGUUUGUGCACGUGUUCGAGAGAUCGGCAGAAAUUGUGGAUGAAAAAGAAGUAAAUAAAAAAAAUAACGCUGAAACAAUGACAAACGAUUUUUCUGAUGUAUUACUGCCUUCAAUCGCGUCUGUCGCGAAAAACAAAAAUUACUCCAUUUUCUCUCUACAUAAUAAUUCUUUGACUAGUUAUGGUGAUUUUAAAAUUCCACAAAAUGCAUCUAAAAAUAUUAAGAUAUUCAAUGAAAAAAUAUUUGCCCUAGAUCAAGAACAGAAAAUUCAACCGCGAUCAUCAGAAAUUGCAUCGUUAAAUGAAGAUAUCGAGAUGAAAUUAUCCACUGGAAAUGAUAUAUUGAUGCAAAUACAAAAUAACGAUCAAGAUUUUUCAGCACAAUUUGCUCAAAAUAUUGGAGAUGCUUCUUUUGAAAGAAAAAAAAUAGUUCUAGAUGUUAAUGUUAAAAGCAACUUGAUUGCUGUACCAGGAACAAAUCAUAGAGUGCUAUUUGAUUUAACAAAUAAUUGCGUAUUUCCAGUGAAGUAUGCAAUUCAAGCGAGAAGUUCGCCAUUUAGAAUAAUUAAUGUACAACCAAUUAACUUAUGGCUAUAUCCAGGACAGACAAAUUAUGUGGCUGUGGAUAUAGUUGUACCAUUGGAUACCCCAGACGCUAGUGUCAACACUCUUACGUUGGCAAUUUUAGGUACGGAAAUACCAGAGAAGACUGUAAAUAUUUAUGUUCAAAAAUAUGCAACUUCCAAGAUAAAAGGUGAUGAUGUUAAACCGACAAUCGACUAUUAUUACAACAGUAAUUGUGCUGGUAAACUAGAUAAAGAUCGUUGUGAAAAAACAUUUUGGAGUGCUGACAUCGUCGUUCAAGACUUUGAUUCAGGUUUAAAACGCGUAAUAUCAACUCCGAAUGGAUUAUAUUUACGCACAAAAUUUAUAAGCGGCACGAAAGAUCGUGUUACAUUUUACUAUUUAUCGAAUUGUUGCUCCACAACAGCUACUAUUACAGCGGUAGAUAUCUUCGACAAUCAGCAUGUUCAUUCAAUCGAUGUGACAGUUUGGGACAAUCUAUCACAAGGAGAGAUAGCAGCUAUCGUACUUGGUGCAUUACUACUCCUUUUUCUUAUAAUUAUCCUCAUUAUUGCAAUAAUUUAUUGCGUACGAAGAAGGAAUAGUCACGAUAUGCCUUAUACACAAAGAUACGGUUCAAGACCGCCUGCUAGAUCCGAAAGAACAAGUUUUUAACAAUAAGUUUAAUGAGAAAAUUAAGUAUCAUUAUCAAAACUAAUUAUCAUAAAAAUUGUAUAUUAAACUAAA